CUUGUGCCUGCCGUCGCUUCCUGCUCCUUUAUUUAUUAACCACGUCGUAACUUUUAAGUUGCGUUAUGUCUAUCAGGUGACACGAGCGGGAAGUGGCGGAUUUAGAAAGGCAGCCGGCACAAAUGGCGGUUGCCGAGAGGACAGUUCGCUGACACCCUUCAACCCCGGAAGAGGGGACGUCGCGAGCAGACGCUCGCUCCUUUCCGAACCAGGGUUACAAUACCUAAUCGAGUAACGUGGAACUCGGGACAGCCAUGGACGUGAACGCUUUGGAGGCUGAGGCCAAGGCGACGGCGAUCAAGCACAUCGUCACGAUGCUGCAAGUGCCCGAGCAGCUGGAAAAAGUGCAGCAGUACAAGAAGCGCGUCAGCCGCAAAAAGGCGUCUGUCGAAUCCAUGCUCAAAACGGCGCUUCAGUCCCAGCUCGACGGCUUCCGGACCGCCCUGAAUCUGCAGAAGUCCAUCCCUGACGACCUGCUCGAAGUUCAGCGCAACCUCAACGAGGAUGUCCAGGAGAUCUUCAAGUCGUUGCCAGGGCUCACCGAGCGACUGCAGGAGGUCAAAGAAGAGAGCAUCCGUCACUCUCAGUAUGGAGCGGCCAUCGAGAACCUGAAGCACAUCUUCAACGUCCCGGGCAGUGUGCAGAAGACGCAGGAGUUGAUUGCCAACGACAAGCUACUGCAUGCACACCAGGCCCUGUCGGAGCUGGAGAACUCUCGUGACGACCUGCUCUACGAGCUGCACAAACUGCCCAGCCAGAGCGUGACAGACCGCAACAUGCUCAAGCAGUACUUCGUGGAUGUGGAGAAGCUCUCAGACGACCUAGGCAAGCAGAUCUGGCUGGUGCUGAAAAGGACACUCAACUCGGUGCGCAAGGAACCGCAGGUGGUGGUGACUGCGCUGCGCAUUAUCGAACGCGAGGAGCGGCGUGACCAGGCGGCGCUGGAGCGUCAGAAGUCCUCGGGCGGUUUCCUGCCACCGAGCAGGCCCAAGCAGUGGAGGAAGCGCUGCUUCGAGGUGCUGGAAAGUGCAGUCGAGGACCGCAUCGAAGGCAACCAGUUUGAAGACCGGCACGAGAACAAGAUGUGGCUGGUGCGACACCUGGAGGUAACGAGGCAGAUUGUCCUGGAUGACCUGAGGACCGUCAAGACUGUCUGCGCUCCCUGUUUCCCGCCAGAAUAUGACAUCUUCAACAGGUAUGUGCGCAUGUACCACAGCUGCCUGUCCCGGCACCUGCAGAGCAUCAUUGCCAACGAGCUGGAAGGCAACGAGUACAUCACGGUGCUGGGCUGGCUAACAGUGUACACCAGCGAGGAGCUAAUGGGCCACCCGGACCUGGCGCUGGACAAAGAGACGCACACCCUGGAACCCCUCUUGGGCCGGCAGGACGUGCAGCAGCUGAUCGACAAGUACCUGGGCACCCUGGUGGCCAACUACCAGGACUGGCUGCGCAAUGCACUCCAGUCCGACGUCAAGGACUGGCACCGUGAGUGCGAGCCGGACAUGGACAGCCGUGGCUGCUACCACACCUCGGCGCCCAUGAUCGUCUUCCAGAUGGUCGACCAGCACCUGCAGGUCGCCAAAACGGUGGGGCCCGACCUGGUGCGCAAAGUGCUGACCAUCAGCCUAGAGCAGACGACCAAGUUUGUGGCCUCCUACAUGGAGGCAGUGAGCGAGUUCCGGGACCGUCACUUCGAGGACCGCAGUGUGCGCAAGUACUUCACCCACUACGUCAUCGCCGUGGCCAACAACUGUCUCCAGUUCCGGCAACUCUUUGAGAAGUCCUACAGCGACUGCUGCAGUGGUCAGGGCGCUCUGGCCAAAGGAGACAACGAGGUGUCCCAGGUCUACCACCGGCUGCAGCAGAGCUUAGAGCGGCUACAGGAGCGUACCCUGGACUCGCUGCGCGAUGAGCUCUUCCUGGACCUCAACAAGGAGCUGAUGGACGUGAUGACUCGCAAGUGGCUCCUCACGGGUUCCAACAUUAUCGACACGGUCUCGGCCACUGUCGAGGACUACUUUCGUGACUACGCCCGCCUGCUGCCCAGGAACCUCGAGAUAUUGGCCGUCAAGGUGCAGUGGGCAUUGGCUCGGUCGUACAUACACGCCAUCCUGCAGCGCAAGAUCACCUUCAAGGGUUACGAGGAGCGAAAGGAUGCAGCCGAGAAGAUCAACCGAGAGAGUGACAAACUUGCAGAGUUAUUCAGGAAGGCCACACCACCGUCAGCAGCAAGUUCACGCAGGGGUGGCAGCAUGAGUUCGCACGGUUCCUUGCCGCUGGACGCCCUUCCUCUGCUCGCGGAGGUGCUCAAGAUGAAAGACACGAGCCUGCUCAGCCUGGAAGUGUCGGGGCUCAUCAAGCGCUACCCGGACAUCUCGGGCGAGCACCUGCAGUCGCUGCUGCUGCUGCGCGGCGACAUGUCACGCAACGAGGCGCGCACACUGGUGGCAGAGAUGCGCUCGGACGACCAGCCCCACGGGAUCGGCGCACCCAAGAGCGUCUUCUCCGACAUUGUGCUCACAUAGCCCUUGAACAGGACUCGCGAGUGGACUUCUUUUGGCGAGUCCGUAUGUGCGUGUGCGAGCGGAGACCACCUGUGGAGCAGCACCUCUCAGCUACAGACUAGAUCCUUCACCCCAAGGUGGCAAACGGGAGGCUGACAAGGAACUGCUUAUUGAAGCAGUUCAGUGGAGUAGCAGGAAGAGCCUGUGCACAGGUUCCCACAUGGGGGCACUGGAGGGGGCAAAGGCCAACCUCCUGGGUCGUGCCCCUCGGAUCUGAUCUGCACCCCCCUCCCCCCUCCUUCCCCUCAUCCCUGCCUCUGUGUACGUCACCUUGUUUCACACUAGCUACAUACCGACUAGCUGGAUAGUUGUCAAGUGUCUCGAAUGAAGUCACUCAGUAAUGUUUGAACAGAGAUGAAGGUUCAGUAUUGGGCUUAUUUAUUAAUCGCUGGGCUCUUUAUAUAGCGCCCUUAGUCUUCACCAUAAUGUAAAGUCGGCCACAAAUGUUUAAGGGACACGGGAUUUGCGAAAAAACUGAAUUGCCACAAAGCACGGGCACAAAGCCUGAAUUCAGGAGUUUUCGUGUGUAGUAGCCUUUAUGACCUACGUAGUUAUUUAUUAAACUAGAAGUGCUGUGCCUUUACAGGAAGCAGCAUUUCAUAUCUCUUGUGAAACCCGUGCCCCGUAAACAUCUGUGGCCUGCUGUACAUGGCGCUGUUUUGAAUUGCCCGACUCUAACGUAAUUAUUCGCGAGUGAUUCGUGCGGCGAGACAAAUCUUCAGCCCCUCCAAUGGGCUUCGGGGUGCCUUGCCCGUUUUGCACCCUCACGUCCGGUGUGCCCGCCUAUGAGUAGUAAUGAUAUUAAAUGGACGUAGUGGAGCACAGUGCAGUGCAAUAAAGUUAGGCUUACCCACAAGUUUGUGGGUGGUCUGCAUGAAAGUGUGUCCUAUUGCAACAGUGGUUACUAUGAUGCACUAAUAACGUUAUUGAAAAGCAGUAAUGUUAAACCUCAAUUUAACGAAGUUGAUAUGACUCAUUAAGCCCAUUCGUUAAAUCAUUUGUGCAGAUAACAGUACACUUAUUGAAGAGGAAAAGAAAUUUCACUUUCUGCCUGCAUACGCACUUAUCUUAGUGAGCCCAUUGAGCACCUCUUGUGUUCCCUAAUGGAAGCGGCAAGCAUUCUGAACUGGUAAAUGGCAUCCAUCACCUGAACUGAACCCGGCACCUAAAUCUAGCACACCCAAGUUUCCUCCCAAAACUUUGUCAAAUUGGGUGAGACGUUUAGUUCACUUGAUUGGUUUGAGCAUCUUAAUGCAUUAGGCUCGAUGAAUAUGUGUCGGGAAAUCAAAAGCACUUCGUAAAAUUGUGUUUCAUUGAAUUGGAGAUUUGACUGUACUAUCAGUGAAGAAAUUGGGAGAGCAUGGGUUCCACAAAAGAAAGCUGUAUCUUCAGUUAAAGCUGGAAAAAACUACAACGAAAGGUUAUCAAAACCCAGAGCUUUCACUCAUUUAGUCGUUCCCAGCCAGCCAUGCAAUGCUCUGCCAAACAUGUACCUUCGAGCAGUAUUUUAAUGCGACAGCGUUAAGGGCCCCGUGUCACAGAAAAUCUGGUGUCGGCGUCGGGGGCGUUGCCUGGCCAAGAAAAUCAUCCCGAACCACCCCGACCGCGUAGUCCCUCCAUGUGUGUUAGUGAACAAACAUUGAAUUUCUCAAAGUAAUAUCCGUCAGAAAAUUGUAAAGUACGACUUGACCACAACCUGCAGACAUGAUAGCGUCGAAUUGUAAUUUGAAUGUACGAGAAAACAAUUCUGUUACGAGGAAACUCAAACACAAACCCCUUUUCCAGCAUUUCUACCAUAAAACAGCGGCGCACCCAGCUAUGUUAUUUGCAAAAACACCAUCCAGAUGGCGCUCUCUUCAGCAGGUUAAGGAGCCUACAUGCAAAACUGUUUUAGGGUGGUGACAGCACCAAAAAUUUGACCGCUAUUUACCGCCAAAUUUGCUGGGUAGUCAUUAGCAACAAGUUAUAAGGCACGAUGGCAUGCUCGUGGUAGUGUUAUCUCACGCCAAGAAUGUGAACUGCAUUAAGCAUUGUCGCCUUCCAGUUGUACAUAAUAUAUAAAUGGUGUUUUUCUAAGUUUGCUGUAAUAAAGACUGUCCUUACUAGUCUGUUUAACUAAAACGUAGACGUGUCAUGUACGGCGCUCAGACACACCAUGUGUCUCCGGCUGCUGAGGCCAAAGUUUAUUAAAAGAAGUUAAUUUCACGUCACCAAGGGUUGCAGGAAAUGUGAUCUGUUGGCUGGUCUUUCGCCAUUUUGUGCCCCAGAUUUAACCCGCCAAUUUAGCUGGCAGUGGCAAGUACCCUUACAAAGGCCUGUCGCCACCCUAAAACAGCGUUGUAUGUAGGCUCCCUACUGCAGGUCAAACUGGGACUUCACCUGCCAAAUGCGUUUUGGACACGCGUGCACCUUGGGGUAACAGCAAACAAUUAAUGAAGUAAUAAAGAAAAGGUCCUAGGGCCUUCACAUUUUGAUACAAGAUGGCUUAUACUGCCCCUGGGAAAAAUGUCUUCCCAGCAAUGCAUUUGUGUUUAAAAGUGAAGCCGACUUUAAGGGGGUCGGUGUAAGCUGGUUUUCCCACGUUGUGUGUUGCAGUGAAGCCUACUCAUAAAGAAAAAUGCAAUGAGAAUGGGGCUCGAUAAUGCUGUCGCGUUCCAUUCUUAAAGGUGAAGCUUAAGCGUCCUCCAAUUUUUUUUUUGCACAGUCUGGGUAUCCAACGUGUGAAAAAAAAAAUGUGACACUGUGCUUGUUGUACAUGCUUGCAUAGGCUGUUGCUCAAAAUCCCUCCUAGCAUUCCCGGGAACCAUGGAAAUUCAGCUUUCUGCCGAAUGUCGUGUUUUACAAACUUUUCACACCGAGGGUAUGUGGCAGCAACGCUGGGAUAAGUCAUGCUUGCUAUACACAAGCAGUAGUGGUUUGCACGAAAGAGCUUUGCAUUAUCUUUUGUUGCAGAAUUAACCGUGUUGGUAAACUAAUGCUUUCGGUGGAGGUGUGAGGAGGGCCAGCUAUGAGAGCUGUGUAAACAAAGCCAUGUGUUCAAUCACUUGUUCACUGUUUUGGGUGUCUCAUUGCCUAAAGAUACAUUUCAAAGAACAUGAAUUGUAGGUUUAUGUCUGUGUUAUCAAUGGCAAGCUAGAUUAUCUCUCGCAAACAGCUGCACUGCGCAUCAGUUGAUUAACUCAGUCACAAGGAUUCACUCUCAUUUCAUAGAUGUGCUAGGAGUAACUAACUCGUGGAACCAAACAGCUUAGUUGGUGCAUUCGAACCUAGAUAUAACGAAGUAAAUUGAAAUUUUUCUUGAUAUCAGCUUGACUAAUAGUAAUAUAUGCUUUAUAACAGAUAUUGACUGUAACGGAGGUAUAUUCACAUCAGAUGCGAUUAUGAUCGGUGUUUUUAAAAGCAGCCAUUACUGACAAAUUUUAAGUGUGGCCUAAAAGAAGGUAAUCUUGACGUAAAGCUGCACAAGUUUUCCAAAUAAAAAGUUCAUAACACACCGCAUCAGUUAAUGGAGCUGUAUUCUAUCGAGUUAUGCGUGACUGACAAUCUAGCAUGCUUGUUUGUCGCAUGCCAUACCUCAAGCAUUGUUGGACACUUGGCUAUUGAAGGGUUGUAGCUGUGUGCCCAGGCCAAGCAUUGGAGCCACAAGUGAAGCAAGAUAAAACUUCAGGGAGUGUCAAGAGCUCUCCUCAGCUGCAUUUUGUCGAAGACAGAGCGGCGUCAAUUGUAUCAAAUUGCGACACACAUCGUGAUGACAUUCUUUUGCAGUGUCCGACAGCAAUUCUGUCAUUGCAAUCUGUGUGUACACGAAUUAGCAUUAACAUCGGUUGUUUGCUUGAAGCCUCUUUGAAAUGAUUUGUGCAUCUGUUACUGUUUAUUUUGUUGUAUGUGUAUACAAGACUAUGUAUCAUGCUUAAUAUAUUGUUCUUGCUCGCCAGAGCACUCCCGUGCAAACGCUUCUUGAAACCGUCAUUAAAUGGCACUUUUGAACAGUA